GCCAGAAGUCCAGAACCAUUCAUGGUUUCCAUUCCUUGCUUUUGUAUGGUAUAGAGUAAUAGGCAAUGAAUGAUGCGUCUGGCAUGGUUGGUGAGGUCAAUGAUUAGUGUUAUUGUUAAGGAAGCAUGAGUUGGCGCAACAAUGACACCCCAUCUACCUUUUCUUUCCUUGGUGGUAGCAAAUUUACCUAAAGGCCCCAACCAAAACACACAGAAAAGGGCAAACCCUAAAUCCUCCGUCCCCAAAUCAAAUGGAGAGCAUGGGCAGCAUCAACGAGACACUGAGAGAUGACGAGCUACGAGCGGUGCUGGGAAAGCUGGACAGCCAGAGGGACAAAGAGGUGUUCGGGUUGGUGUGCAAGAGGUGGCUUCACUUGCAGAGCACCGAGAGGAGGAGGCUCUCCGCACGUGCGGGGCCUCACAUGCUCCGCAAAUUGGCCGCCCGGUUCUCUCGCCUUCACGAGCUCGACCUCUCCCAGUCCCUCUCCAGGUCCUUCUAUCCUGGUGUCACCGACUCUGACCUCUCCGUCAUUGCCAAUGGCUUCAAGUCCCUCAGGCUCCUCUCCCUCCAAAACUGUAAAGGAGUUACUGAUGCUGGAAUCAUUGCAAUUGGAUCUGGUCUUUCGUCACUACAGUCUCUAGAUGUAUCAUAUUGCAGAAAGUUAACAGACAAAGGAUUAUCAGCUGUUGCUCAGGGCUGCUCUGGCCUUCGGGCACUGCAUCUUGCUGGCUGUAGAUUUAUAACCGAUGUGUUAUUACAUGCUCUUUCAUUGAAUUGUCACUCUUUACGGCACUUGGGUCUGCAGGGCUGUACUAAUAUAUCUGAUUCUGGACUUGCUGAUCUUGUAAAUGGAUGUCAUCAGAUCGAGUUUUUAGACAUGAACAAAUGCAGCAACAUCGGAGACAUUGGCGUUUCCAGUGUCUCCAAGGCAUGUUCAUCUUCUCUCAAGACACUCAAGCUAUUGGACUGUUACAAAGUCGGGGAUGAGUCUAUAAUAUCCUUGGCCAAAUUCUGCCAAAAUCUUGAAACCUUAAUCAUUGGUGGCUGCCGUGACAUAUCUGAUGCAUCAGUGAAAUUGCUGGCCUCUUCUUGUAAGAGUAGUCUCAAGAACUUGCGGAUGGAUUGGUGUUUAAAUAUCACAGACUCUUGUUUGAGCUGCAUUCUGGUUGAGUGCAGAAAUCUUGAGGCUCUUGACAUUGGGUGCUGCGAGGAGGUGUCAGAUGCUGCCUUUCAGGGCUUAAACGGUGGUGAAGUCGAGCUGACCCUGACCUUAAAGGUCUUAAAGGUUAGCAACUGCCCGAAAAUCAGUGUGGCAGGCAUAGCUAUGGUUUUGGAGAAAUGCGAGAUGUUAGAAUACUUGGAUGUAAGGUCAUGCCCACAAAUUACGAAGGCGGGUUGUGAUGAGGCCGGAUUGCAGUUUCCUCAAUCUUGUAAAGUCAACUUCACCGGGAGUUUAAGGGAGCCUGAUGUCUUACUUUGAGCUGCCUCAAAGCUUGCUUGCAAGUCCUGCCCUGUUUUUUUAUGUUGGAAUCUGAUAAGAUGUUGGUUUAUCGUGUACAUGAUGUUUCUUCUAUUGUAAUUAGGGUUAAAAUAAAGGACGGCUAAAAAUGGAAAGUGGGAGUGUGGAUUACAAUUUGAGGAGCGUGGAUUUCACUUUCCAAACUAAAACAUGGAAUUCUUGUGAAAAUAAUUUCUACAAGUAGAACAGGAUUGUAGGCUUUUCAUUUUAGUGGACCGCAUUUCUAUUAAAAUCAAGAUGUACAGGAAAGAACUUCUGUUAGGGUGAUAUGAGAU